UUGUGGCCUCGGGACCCGGUGUGCGGCUUCACCGGGAUGUGCAAGCUGGGCCGCCUGUGGGGCUCAGGACUCGCCCGGGCCGUUGCCGUCCGUUGUGCAGCAGCGGCGGGGAGCAGAGGGUGCCGGGAAGACGGCCUAGAGUGGACGCGGAGCGGAGCCCGCGGUUUCAGAAGCGCCGCAGCCGCUAUGGCCCCGAUCAAGGUGGGAGAUGCCAUCCCGUCUGUGGUGGUGUUUGAAGGGCAGCCUGGGAACAAGGUGAACCUGGCAGAGCUGUUCAAGGGCAAGAAGGGGGUGCUGUUUGGAGUCCCUGGGGCCUUUACUCCUGGUUGUUCCAAGACCCACCUACCAGGGUUUGUGGAGCAGGCUGAAGCUCUGAAGUCCAAAGGAGCCCAGGUGGUGGCAUGUCUGAGUGUUAACGAUGUCUUUGUGACUGAAGAGUGGGGACGAGCCCACAACGCAGGAAACAAGGUCCGGCUCCUGGCUGACCCCACUGGGGCCUUUGGGCAGGAGACAGAUUUGUUACUGGAUGAUUCAUUGGUGUCCCUCUUUGGGAAUCGAAGGCUCAAGAGGUUCUCUAUGGUGAUAGAUGAUGGUAUAGUGAAGUCCCUGAAUGUGGAACCAGAUGGCACAGGCCUCACCUGCAGCCUGGCCCCCAACAUCCUCUCACAGCUCUGAGACCCUGGGCCCAGGCAUACUCCUUCUACUCUUUCCUGUUACACCUGCCCAACCAGGGGCAGAGGGCCCCAGUCCAGCCUCAAUUGGGGCCACCCAGUUGAAGCCUUGGCCAGAUUUCUGCAAUAAACACUUCUGGUUCA